AUGGCAGGUGGUCGGAGAAGAAGAAGGUUACAUCUAAGCAAGAUCUAUUCAUACACUUGUGGUAAAUCAAGUUUCCAAGAAGACCACUCUAACAUAGGAGGACCCGGUUUCUCUCGGGUCGUCUACUGUAACGAACCGGGUUCUCCGGCAGCCGAACGCCGGAACUACGCCGGAAAUUACGUCCGUUCAACAAAAUACACCGUCGCUUCUUUCUUCCCUAAAUCUCUCUUCGAGCAGUUCCGCCGCGUCGCUAAUUUCUACUUCCUCGUCACCGGAAUCUUGUCGUUGACUGAUCUCUCUCCUUACGACCCCGUUAGUGCUCUCUUGCCUCUUGCUUUCGUCAUCGCCGCCACAAUGGUUAAAGAAGGUAUCGAAGAUUGGCGCCGGAAACAACAGGAUAUUGAGGUGAAUAACAGAAAAGUGAAAGUACACGACGGGAAUGGAAUAUUCCGGCAAGAAGAAUGGAGGUAUCUGAGAGUAGGUGACAUAGUGAGAGUUGAAAAAGACGAGUUUUUUCCGGCGGAUCUUUUGCUUCUGUCGUCGAGCUACGAGGAUUCGAUUUGCUAUGUGGAGACGAUGAAUCUCGACGGAGAGACGAAUCUGAAAGUGAAACAGGGGCUUGAGACGACUUCUUCGCUGUUGAAUGAAGAUUCCGAUUUCAAAGAUUUCAGAGCCGUUGUUAGAUGCGAAGAUCCAAAUGUGAAUCUUUAUAUGUUCGUUGGGAGUUUGGAGCUCGAAGAAGAGAGAUUUCCCUUGUCGAUUCAACAGAUUCUUCUCCGGGAUUCGAAGCUUCGUAACACAGAGUAUGUGUACGGUGCUGUUGUUUUCACCGGACAUGACACAAAGGUGAUGCAGAAUUCAACAGAACCUCCAUCAAAGAGAAGCAGAAUCGAGAGGAAAAUGGACAAGAUCAUCUACUUAAUGUUCGGUCUCAUCUUUCUAAUGUCAUUCGUCGGAUCAAUCAUCUUCGGAGUCGAAACAAGACAAGACAAACUCACAAACGGAAGAACAGAGAGAUGGUACUUAAAACCAGACGAUUCAGUGAUCUUCUUCGAUCCAGAAAGAGCUCCGAUGGCUGCAAUCUACCACUUCUUCACCGCCAUGAUGCUCUACGGUUACUUCAUCCCGAUAUCGCUCUACGUUUCCAUCGAGAUCGUCAAGAUUCUCCAGAGCGUUUUCAUCAACAGAGACAUUCACAUGUAUUACGAAGAAACGGAUAAACCGGCUCAGGCACGGACUUCGGAUUUGAACGAAGAGCUCGGUAUGGUCGACACGAUCCUAUCCGACAAGACAGGGACUUUAACGUGCAAUUCGAUGGAGUUUAUCAAGUGUUCCAUCGCCGGUACGGCUUAUGGACGAGGUAUAACCGAGGUUGAGAGAGCUAUGGCUGUGAGAAGCGGCGGUUCGCCUUUGGUUAACGAGGAUUUGGAUGUUGUUGUGGACCGGUUUGCUCCUAAGGUUAAAGGGUUUAACUUUGUGGAUGAAAGGGUUGUGAAUGGGAAUUGGGUUAGGCAGCCUGAAGCUGCCGUGUUGCAGAAGUUUUUCAGAUUGCUUGCCGUGUGUCACACGGCGAUACCUGAAACUGAUGAAGAGACUGGGAAUGUCUCUUAUGAAGCCGAGUCUCCUGAUGAAGCUGCGUUUGUCGUUGCGGCACGAGAGUUAGGGUUCGAGUUCUUUAACCGGACGCAGAACGGGAUCUUCUUUCGUGAAUUGGAUCUUGUAACCGGGAAAAAAGUCGAAAGGCUUUAUAGGUUACUAAACGUUCUUGAGUUCAAUAGCUCGAGGAAGAGAAUGUCAGUGAUUGUAAGAGACGAUGAUGGGAAGCUCUUGCUCUUGUCUAAAGGAGCUGACAAUGUAAUGUUUGAGAGACUUGCAAAGAACGGUCGUCAAUUCGAGGCGAAGACGCAAGAACAUGUAAACCAAUAUGCAGACGCAGGUCUAAGGACUUUGAUACUUGCGUACCGUGAGGUUGAUGAGAAUGAGUACAUAGAGUUCAACAAGAGUUUCAAUGAAGCUAAGAGUUCCGUUAGCGAGGAUCGUGAAGCUUUGAUAGACGAACUCACGGAUAAGAUGGAACGUGAUCUUAUUCUCCUUGGUGCUACUGCUGUUGAAGACAAACUUCAGAAUGGGGUUCCGGAAUGUAUUGACAAGCUUGCUCAGGCUGGAAUUAAGAUUUGGGUUCUGACUGGAGACAAAAUGGAGACAGCAAUCAAUAUUGGAUUUGCUUCUAGUUUACUUAGACAAGAGAUGAAACAGAUCAUCAUCAAUCUUGAGACAACACAUAUCAAAUCCCUGGAGAAAUCUGGAAUCAAAGACGAGAUCGAACUGGCAUCGAGGGAAAGCGUUGUGAAGCAGAUAGAAGAAGGAAAGGCCUUACUUGCUGCAUCAGGCGCUAGCUCUGAAGCGUUUGCUUUGAUCAUAGACGGGAAAUCGCUAACUUACGCACUCGAGGACGAAAUAAAGAAAACGUUUCUUGAUCUUGCAACCGGUUGUGCCUCUGUGAUUUGCUGCAGAUCAUCACCUAAACAAAAAGCAUUGGUUACGAGACUGGUUAAGUCAGGAACUGGAAAAACAACCUUAGCGAUUGGCGAUGGAGCGAAUGAUGUAGGAAUGCUUCAAGAAGCUGACAUUGGUAUAGGAAUAAGCGGCGUCGAAGGAAUGCAAGCAGUCAUGUCUAGCGAUAUCUCCAUUGCUCAAUUCCGAUAUCUAGAGCGCUUGUUGCUAGUCCAUGGUCAUUGGUGUUACAGCAGAAUCUCAUCCAUGAUAUGUUACUUCUUCUACAAGAAUAUCACUUUCGGUGUCACUGUGUUCUUAUAUGAAGCUUACACUUCCUUCUCUGCACAGCCUGCAUACAACGACUGGUUCCUGUCUUCUUUCAACGUCUUUUUCUCUUCUUUCCCCGUCAUUGCCCUCGGAGUCUUUGACCAAGACGUCUCAGCUCGCUUCUGUUACAAGUUUCCGUUGCUAUACCAAGAAGGUGUGCAAAACAUUCUCUUCAGCUGGAAAAGGAUCAUAGGAUGGAUGUUCAACGGAUUCAUAAGCGCACUCGCCAUUUUCUUCAUCUGCAAGGAAUCUCUAAGUCACCAGCUAUUCGACCCAAACGGCAAAACCGCAGGCCAUGAAAUCCUCGGAGGAUUGAUGUACACUUGCGUCGUGUGGGUCGUCAAUCUCCAAAUGGCUUUUUCAAUAAGUUACUUCACUUGGGUCCAACACAUUGUGAUUUGGGGAUCAGUCGCUUUAUGGUACAUCUUCCUCAUGAUCUAUGGAGCUAUGGCGCCAAGUUUCUCAACCGAUGCUUACAUGGUCUUCAUCGAAGCCCUAGCUCCUGCUCCUUCCUACUGGCUCACCACUCUCUUCGUGAUGAUCUUCGCUUUGAUCCCUUACUUCGUCUACAAGUCAGUGCAAAUGAGGUUCUUCCCUAAAUACCAUCAAAUGAUUCAAUGGAUUCGGUACGAGGGUCACUCUAAUGAUCCUGAGUUCGUUGAGAUGGUGAGGCAGAGAUCGAUUAGACCCACCACCGUUGGAUACACGGCUAGAAGAGCUGCUAGUGUACGGCGCUCCGGUAGGUUUCACGAUCAGAUACACAAGGAUCUUGUUGAUUUUUGA